AUGAGCGCACCGCCGGCAAACGAGUACAUCGACGUCUCGACAAUCGGCAUCGACACUGUCGAGCCCACGCCGUCGCCGCUACCGACCGCACGGCCGCUGCAGUCCUACUGGCUCGCCACUUCUCCCUCGACUCUCGAGGGCGUGACUGACGGAUCGGCACAGGUGCCUGCGAAGAGCGAUGUGGUCAUCAUCGGCUCGGGCGUGACAGGAGCCUCGACUGCGUUCCACCUCGCUCAGACCUUUCCGCAAAACACGCGCAUCACGAUCCUCGAAGCGCGUCAGUUCUGCUCGGGGGCGACGGGCCGCAACGGCGGACACCUCUCGCCCGCCUCCGCCCUCGCCUACACCGAGCUCGCCGCCAACCCCAACCACCUGGCUCGCUUCUCCCACCUCGAUUCUGCCAGCAGCAAGAGAACAGCGACGACGACGACGACGACGACGACGACGACGACGACGACGACGACGACGACGACGCAAGGGGUGGUACGAAAGAUCCUCGAGUUCGAGGCCAGGACCGUCGAGGGGAUCCUGGAGGUCGUCAGGGGCAAAGAGGACGAGGUCGAGCUCGUGGGCGGCAAGAACUGGCACCUCUGCUUCCAAGACGCCGAGGUCGAUGAGUUUGAGCAGUCGCUCGCGGCCGCCCAGGAUGCUGGCCUGACGGACUUUGUCGGUCUGGUCCGCCGAGUGCCAAAGCACGAGUUUGACCAGACGAUGAAGUCGCCGCGCGGCAUCCGCGCCGUCUACGAGAUUCCGGGCAACACGAUGCACCCGCGCAAGCUGGUCCAGCUCAUCUACCGCGCCGCGAGGCAGCGGGCAGAGCAGCGGAACAUCAAGCUCGAGGCGUUUGCCCACUGCCCCGUCACGGCCGUCGAGGAUGUGGCCGGCGGCGAGGCCAUCGACGGCGUCUAUCGCCUCAAGGUCAAGGUGGGAGAGCGUGAGGUCUUGGCGCGAUACGUAGUCCAUGCCACCAAUGGCUACGUGUCGCAUCUCGCGCCGCAGCUGGCGGGCCCGACGGGUGUGAUCCCCACGCGGGCGCAGGUCGUCGCCGUCGAGCCGGUGAAUGAAGCGGGCACGGCCGAGGGCGCCACGACCACGCCCGCCGCAGCAGAAGGACAAGGUUCGACGAGGCAGAUCGACAAUGAGCGUCAAGGUGCCGCGGAAGCCAUCGAUAGUGGCGCGGACGGGGCGCCGCCGACCAAGAUGCUCUGGGGCAUGGGCAUCAGCGCCGGGGGCGGGUACGAGUACGGCCACCAGCGACCCGUGCUGCCGAGCGUCGUCGCUGAGCGGACCGGCGACGAGGAUGCCGUCGUCGGCGACAAGCUCAAGCGCGUGCGGCGCCCGCUCUUCGUCUUUGGCGGCGGUCGCGAGUAUGCCGAUGGCCGCGAGUGGGGCGUCGCCGACGACGGCGCGCUCAACGACACCGUAUCGGAGUUUCUGCACUCGUGGCUGCCUCGCAUCAUGCCGCAAGACUACGAGGGCUCCGACGUGGUGCUCGAGUGGACGGGCGUCAUGGGAUACACCAAGAGCAAGGACCCCUUUGUCGGUCCCCUGCCCCGUCAUCGCCGCGGCGCCGGCAAUGGUGCCGGUGGGGAGCCAGGGGCGGCGACGAUGGCGGGACAGUUCCUGAGCGCCGGCUACUCGGGGCACGGCAUGAGCCGAGCGUUUGGCUGCGCCGAGGUGGUGGCGUCGAUGGUUGUGGCCGAGGAAAAGGGCGAGGCGUGGACGCCGCCGCAGUGGUUCCCGCUCUGCUACCUCUCGGCCCUUCCUGAGAGUCAAGAGGGGGCAGAGACGAGGUCGAAAGGUUGCGAUGCGAUGGCGAAUGAUGGGCAAGGUGGGGAGCGUGGCGCCAACGUCCGUCGAGGUUACGACGGCCCGGAAGAAGCUAAAGAAGGGAAGACGGAGGGCUGGCCGGCCGGCGACCCCAAGAAGAAGAAGGAGAAGAAGAGGGUUCCUACCUGGCCGAAGGUGUCGAAGCAGAAGCGGCGUGAAAGCGGCCUGCGUGCGCCUGGCGCGGAAAACGAGGCUGUGGUGCCUCGCCCCGUGCCGCCUGCCUUGCGUCGCUGCCUCUGCCUUGGAUCCGCGGCGGUUCAGGCAGCCAGCCGGGCAGGGGUGCUGGGUGGUGGAGCAGCGGCUCGUGCCCUUCGCGGCCUCGUACCCGUCCUCGACCUCGACCUUGGCUUUGGCCCUAGCUGGCCCUGA